UCAGUCCGCUGGCCGGCGCGCAUCACUGAUACCUGGGAUCCACACACAGACGCGCGCAGCGCAGCCAUGAGUGAGAGACAAGCAGCUGGAGCUACGACUGGAAACAGCAAACCAUCUGCUGGCCAAGAUGAAAAGAAGAACAACCUCCCGCAGGACUUUGACAUCGACAUGGACAACCCGGAGACGGAGAGGGCUGCUGUUGCCAUCCAGUCGCAGUUUAGGAAAUUCCAGAAAAAGAAGCAGGAUGUGAAGUCGUAGAGCGAGUGCUGUCAGCUGUGUCUGCACCUGAUGUGGGUCUGGUCUUGCAUGUCAAUCA